UUUUUUUUUUUGGUUGAAACACUUAUAAAAGCCUUUUCAGAGUGCUGUAUUAUUCAUUUAGCUGUAUGUUUCUGUUUGUAAUCAUUAAGAAAUACACAGGCUUUGCAUAAAAAAGUGUAAUUGUCAUAAUUUAAGGUUAGAACCCAUCAAACACUCAGGGGAAGACUCUGGGAUAAGUAAGAGUUAAGGAUUGUGUGUAAAAACAGAUCCCUUCCGGUGGGCCUGUCUAGCCCUGUGUGUUCCUAUGAGUCACGCCUCCAGCUCUGCAACAUCUCACACAGCUCCAGCUGCUCCCAAACACGACAUUCAGCUCCAGAGGGGCUCCAGGACGGGGCGAAGUAGCACUGCUAACACCCAUACACUUGUCACUGCUUGGGAACCUUAGCUACUGAAUGGAAAAAGGCUGAAGAUGAGUCCAUUCCUUGUCCUACUCCUUUUGUCCGGGGCUGCUCUAGGGCUCCAAGAUGACGAUAUGCUGGAGAAAAAUGAAUCUGCUGUACCCAAGACAUUUCGGGGAAAGAAAGAUGGUGGGGACUAUGAACAGCUUUCCCAUAGCAUUAUCCACGGCCUUCCAGAGACCACUACCAACAACCAUCUUCUUCUAAGAAUCUCCAGCGAUAACGCCUUUAAAGUUGCCAACAAAAACACCAUCAAAGUCAGCAACUUGACCUUGGGGUACCUGAGUGGCAAAGUAAGCAGGGCACUGAUCCCAGGCAUUUAUAUCAUUGUUGUGCUCAUUGGAGUACCAGCUAAUGCCAUUGUGUUGUGGAUGUUGUUCCAUCAGGUGACGUCUGUGUGCACAACUGUGCUCUACGCCAGCUUAGCAACCUCUGACUUGCUCUAUUGCCUCAUGCUGCCCUUCAAGAUAGUUUAUCACUUAACUGGCAACAACUGGAUUUUUGGAGAAACCAUGUGCCGGACUAUGACAAUCUUCUUGUACUUUAACAUGUACUGCUCUAUUUUGCUCCUGAUGUGCUUUAGCAUCAGCCGCUAUGUUGCCAUUGUCCAUCCAUUUAUAUACAGGAGCUUGCCUAAAGGGACCUAUACGGUGCUUCUGUGCCUGCUUGUGUGUACCAUUGCACUGGUCUACAUGAUCCCAUUUUUCAUAACCAGGCAAACAUAUCACUUGAAAGAGCUGAAUAUCACAACCUGCCAUGAUGUGUACGACGUUUCCGGCGACGCGUUUCAGUUCUAUUACUUCAUAUCGAUGGUGGUCUUCGGAUUUCUGAUACCGUUUUCUGUCGUGGCUUUCUGUUACUUCUCCAUCAUCAGAGCCCUCACCGCUAAUGAGCAAAAAAGGUUCUGGUAUGUGAAAAUAACCGUCCUGUUUUUCAUCAUAUUUGCACUUUGCUUCACUCCGAGCAAUUUAAUCCUGCUCAUCCACCAAGUGCGCUAUCACCACAGUCACAAUGACGACAUGUAUGGUAUUUACCUAAUGGCUCUGUGCUUAACCAGUUUAAACAGCUGUCUGGAUCCAUUUCUCUACUUUCUCAUAUACAAAAAGGUGAAUGCCUCAAAAAACUAUAACACUAUACUGAAAAUCAACACUGAGACUCAAGCAAAGCUUUUACCUUCCUAACUGCUGGACUCCCCACCGCACAGACCCGGUCCCUAGCUCUCCCACUCCACCUGCUGGCCAGAGUUGCAUUGCAAAAACUAGGAGUGGUAGGAGCAAAACCAAAAAAGUUAAUUUAACCUAAAAAUGCAUUAUUGUUCAUAAAAAACAUCUUAUGGAAUAAUGUAACUUUUUGUAAAACAUCUUAUGGAAUAAUGUAACUUUAAAAGUUUUGUGUGUAUGUGUGUGUGUAUAUGUGUGUGUGUAUAUGUGUGUGUGUGUUUUUAUUUGUGUGUUUUGUACUCAGAUUACAUAGAAGAGAGACAUUGGUAAAUUGGGACCUCACUUACUAAGAAUUGGGCAAGGUUCCCACCCCCAUCCCCAAAAAGGCAUCAUAAUUAUGAAAAUGCUAAAAAAAAUAAUGUCUAUGUUAUUAUAGGUGUUAUUAUAGGUGUCCUGGUGGAGAGGUAUGGACUUAAGCAGCCCUCCAUUUAUGACUGAUUCAGUAAGCUCAAAAACAACUGCUUGUGGGUGCAGAAUCCAAUGGGGGUCCUGUAUUAAUGACCACCAGGGUUCCUUUGCGACUAUAGUGCUUUAAAUCAAAAUUAAUUGACACAAAGUGCCACGCAUGAAAGGCACAGCUAUAUUCAUUCUAGUCAAUUUAAUCAAAUAAUUUGGACCCUAGCAACCAUGCAAUAAUUUGAAUAUAUAAAUAUAUAUAUAUAUAUAUAUAUAUAUAUAUAUAUACACACAUAUAUAUAUAUACAUACAUAUACAUACAGUCAAGAGAGAAAGCACUCACGGCAAAAACGUCUGAUUAAAGCAAAUACAAUGCUUUACUGCAUCACAGCAAUUUAGGAUAUAUAUAUGUAUUGAUACUGACAUGAAUCCAUAAAUUCUUUAUAUACAAGACCAGCACUCCCUUUAGUAAAAAAAUUAUAAUUUUUUUUAUUGUUGCAUAGUAUCAAUAUCCAACAUUUCGGCCAUUUUUCAAGGUUGAUACAAAGUAUAAUAAAACCAAACCUUAAAUACCCAUGUGCUAAUAUGUUGUUUGCAUUUAUGAGUUUGCAUUAUACAUUAAGAUUUCCUAUCUGAUACUACACUGUCUAUUUGACCCUCCAUUUCUGCACACUUGGAUUCUGAAUGUGACCUUGGUCGCACGGAACCACCCUGAGCAAACCGAGCCACCACGUGUACAGGCUACCUGUUAUUAUCAACUGUAAAUGUUACUUGCUGUCAUUGUUGUACCUUACUAUGAAGAUGUACAUGAUUUCUGCUCAGGAAAAUGUAUGUGUAGUAACGGAAACCUUCUCUUGGAAAUAUUGCUCGAAUAAAAAAUGUUGUUUUAAAAAAAAAAAUACCCAUGUGCUUCACAACAAGCCAAUCCGUGCUCAGGUGUCCAAUCUUCCAUUGAUUAAUUGGUUCUAGGAACCUCAGGUUAGAUAACAUUAUUGUUCAUGUGAAAACAUUUUUUUAAAAGGCAUAUCAAUAUGAUGAGUCAUACAUAUCCAAAAUAUCGUACUUUAUAAAUUUAUAAAUAUCCAAUAAAAGUUUUUUUGUUUAAAUAAAAAUGUCAAACCUUAUUAUCUCCACAAGGUGUCACCAGUGCGUUCUAAAAAAUAUUUAAACAAAAAACUUUUAUUGGAUAUUUAAUUAACCCCCCAGUCAAAUUUAGAGUAUAUUCGAAUUUAAUAGAGUUUAAAAAAGAAUUUGAAAUUCGUCCUUUAAUAAAUAUGCCUCUAUGUGUAGUUUUUAAGUGACAUCACAAUAUUUUUACAGUUUAUUCAUGGAUUCUGAAUAUUAUAUUAAUGUAUAUGAAUGGUUUUUGGUUUGUUUAUAAAUGUGUUAUGUAGCAGUGUUUGUAAACCUUUAUAUUUUAAUUCUUUAAUAAAAUAAAAUGGAUUUUUUUAAUAACA